CUGACCUGGAAGUAGCUCGAUACACGCGAGGCAGGCUCUGUCGUUACGGAUACGAAGGCGCCGGUGGAGAGAAGAUAGAAAUACCACCUGAGUGAACUGUUUUUAUAAAUCAGCAGCCAUGAGUCUGUUAACAAAGCCCAAGUCUGAGAUGACCCCCGAGGAGCUCCAGAAGCGAGAGGAGGAGGAGUUCAACACCGGCCCCCUCUCGGUGCUCACCCAGUCAGUGAAGAACAACACUCAGGUCCUCAUAAACUGCCGCAACAACAAGAAGCUGCUCGGAAGAGUGAAGGCUUUUGACAGACAUUGCAACAUGGUCUUGGAAAAUGUGAAGGAGAUGUGGACAGAGGUUCCCAAGAGCGGGAAGGGGAAGAAGAAGUCUAAGCCCGUGAAUAAGGACCGCUACAUUUCCAAAAUGUUCCUCAGGGGAGACUCUGUUAUCGUUGUGCUGAGAAAUCCUCUGAUCACAGGAAAAUGAACUCUUAAAAGACAUCCAGCUGAACCUGUCACAGAGCCUUUUUUCUUUCUCAUACUUUGUUUGAAAGAUUUAAAGGCAGUAGAUUGUCAUUCAUGUUAACUUUUUUUUGUUGUUGGAUCACUGCAUUCACUGUUGAAAUAGAAAUAUUGCAUCAGCAAAAUGUUUCUACUAUUUUGAGAGUCAAUUAGGCACAACAGUGCCUGAUUUUGCUUUGUCUACAGAGUCUUCUGUCUUUUUCAUUUUAAUAAUAAAAGUAAUGAAGAGAUUCAAA